AUGGUAGCUAGAAGAUCGGAGAGACGGAGGUACGCCGCCACUUGGGAGGAGGCGUCGGAGACGACCGCUGUGGUCGAAGACAGCGCUGUCAGGUGUUCCUCGGCCACGGACUUGCCCGGAGCGACGCCCAUGACGGCGUACCACCACCGCCGCCUCGCGUCGUCGGAGCGUACGACGUCGAUGGCGUCGACGACGUUACCGUACUGGUGGCAGCAACGACGGCAGCGAUUGUCUCGUGGCGACGUCUCGCAGGACCCGGAGUCGUCUCCGAGUGACUCGCCGAGACGGCGAUGGAAGAAGCUCGGACCUGGCCGGUCGUCCCACCGACGACUCCACCGAGAAGAAGUCUUUCCCGAAGCGACGUGGCCCCGGACGCGGUCUUGGUGGACGACGACGACCGUGCCUUGUUACCGCAGGACGCGAAGGCCCGACUUCAGCAGCCUGCGGUCGUCGCUCCUGCUUCUGGUUUUACUCUGCGUGCUUCUGCAGCAGCCACUUCUGUUUCGCUUCUCCUUGCUCCUCUCCCUCCUCCUCCUCUCGCAGGUCCUCGGCUCCGGCGUCUUCGAACUCCGGCUCGGCUCGUUCUCGAACCCUUCGAACCGCGACUCGCAGGGCGCCUGCUGUUCGACGGGGCUGCCCCCGGCCACCGAGGGCACCCCGUGCCCCGGCAGCCCCUGCCGGGUGUCCUUCCGCGUCUGCCUCAAGCACUACCAGAAGACCGUGGACACGGACUCGCCCUGCACGUACGGCGAGCUCAGCACGCCCGUGCUCGUCCAGUCCGCCUCGGACGGCGCCAUCUUUAACGCGUCGAGGCCCCCCAUCGCGUUCCCCUUCGAGUUCUCCUGGCCCGGCACCUUUUCGCUCAUCAUUGAAGCUUGGCACGAAGGACCUGCGCCCGCUGGUGGUUCGGCCUCCUCUGGCGUCCACCGGACCCUGGUGGCGCAGAUGUCGACGCAGAAGUGGCUCGACGUGGGCGACUCGUGGACGCCCGGCACGCUGCAGAGGGAGCGCGCCGCCCUGUCCUACUCGUACCGCGUCCGCUGCCAGGAGUUCUACUACGGCUCCGAGUGCGCCAAGCUGUGCCGGCCCCGGGACGACAAGUUCGGCCACUUCACCUGCAGCGCGUCCGGCGACGUCGUCUGCCUGCCGGGCUGGAAGGGCGACUACUGCACCAAAGCUAUCUGCCUGAAGGGCUGCAAGGAGCCUCAGGGCGACUGCGACCGGCCCAACGAGUGCAAGUGCCGCAUCGGCUGGGAGGGCCCGCUGUGCGACCGCUGCGUCCGCUAUCCGGGCUGCCUGCACGGCACCUGCUCCCAACCCUGGCAGUGCAACUGCGACGAAGGCUGGGGCGGCCUGUUCUGCAACCAGGACCUCAACUACUGCACCAACAACCGGCCCUGCCGGCACGGCGGCACCUGCACCAACACGGGCCAGGGCUCCUACACCUGCUCCUGCCUGCCCGGCUACGCCGGCACCGACUGCGAGAUCGUCCAGGACCCCUGCCUGGCGUCGCCCUGCCAGAACGGGGGCAUCUGCCGCGCCACGGACUCAUCCCCGAGCCAAGGCUACACGUGCAGCUGUCCUCCGGGACUCGCGGGCCGCCACUGCGAGGUCCCCCACAAUGCCUGCGACUCCCACCAUUGCCUCAACGGGGGAAGCUGUCGCGAGGCGCCGGACACGUCGGAAGGUUACCGGUGCCUGUGCCCGGACGCCUACGCGGGAGACCGCUGCGAAGUGCAGCGGGACCCGUGCGAGCCGUCGCCCUGCGCCUGUGGUACGUGCGUAACUCUCUCGGACGGCAACUCUCGCGGCGACGGCGGCAGCGAGCAGCGGUACCGCUGCGAGUGCCGGCCGGGCUUCGAGGGACCCCACUGCCGGACCAACAUCGACGACUGCGCCUCCGACCCGUGCCUCAACGGCGCCACUUGCCUGGACGGCGCGGACACAUUCCGCUGCCUCUGCCGGCCAGGAUUCGUGGGUCUGCUGUGCGACCACGAUGUCGACGACUGCCUCACGUACCCGUGCGCCAACGGGGGUCGCUGCGAGGAUCUGGUGAACGACUUCUCCUGCCAGUGCCCCGCGGGCUUCUCGGGCAAGGACUGCUCGGUGAACCUGGACGAUUGCGCCUCGUCACCGUGCCUCAAUGGCGGCGUGUGCGUUGACCUGGCCGGCCGUUUCGAGUGCCGAUGCCCCGAAGACUUCGGCGGCGACCGCUGCGAGCACCGGCCGCCCGCGCUCGCGCCCCGUGUCGCCGUGGUGCCUCCGUCACCCGGCAGGUCGUCGGCAAGGCGCGGCGGCGAAGACAUGGGCCGCCAUGACCUGCUCACAAGAGAAGACGAUAGCCGGGGCCGCAGCUGACGAGAUGCGCUUUCGGGCGUCCAGCUGGCCCUCAUCGUGACGGCGUCAGUGACCGUCCCACUGAUCGCCCUUGUCGCGGCGCUCGUGAUCCUGUGCCAGCGGCGGCGAUGGAAGGAGCGGCGUGAUGCCGAGGCCGCAAUGCGCCAGAAUGAACGCAAUGCGGUACAGCACCAUGGCAUGAACAACAAGAGUGCCGGUAGCAAGGCCCCGCCGCACACCGUGGUGGUCAACACGCUGGUUGACAAACCUCUCCAGAAGAAGGCCAAUGGGGAAAACAACGCGUCUUCGUCGUCGACGUCUACUGCGACCAUGACAGGAACGGCCAAAGUGUUGAACGUGGACGCGAGGGCGCAGAGCAAGCUCUCGCUCGAUGUGGACACUACCCUGGAAGGAGUGCACGCAAGUACGAGGACUCUGAACAGGCUCUACCAGGAGCCAAGUGGUGGUGGUGGCAUUGAGGGUGACGCGACAAUGGCAGCACAGCACGUCCUGGACCGCGCUUCAUUGCGUGGAUCCUCCCGCAAAAGUUGUGAUUCAAGAGUGGUGGAUAGCACCGUAGUCGAAGAGGACGACAUCGUGUCAAUCAAACAGCAGCUGCAGCAACAGCCCCAACCAGUCACGGGCGGCAAUAGCGCAGUGUACGUGAUAGAGGACCACUACCGGGACGAAAACCUGCUCGCGACAGAAGUGUGACGCGUCUCCUGGUGCCAACGUGGGUGGUACCCCCCCUUACUGCCAUCGUACGUUGUGAUUCGCUGCCCUUCUGUGGCCACCGCCGACCUCGAUGAAGGCCUGGCUGGGCACGGGACGUGAUGUUGCCGUGCCCGCAGUCACCACGUGACCAUGACGUCACGAGCCGUCGUCUCCACGUGACUGACACUGCGCGCCGCCACCGUCACGUGCCGUCACCGGUCGUCAAAGUGCAGCUGCAUCUAUUCGAAAGUGCCCCCCAGGUGCCAUCGUCAACACUGCCUGUGACGUUCUACGACACCAGUGUGUGUGCACAUCCCCUUUUCUGAGCAGCUAGGAAAAAGAAGGGCAGCGCCAGAGGAAAAGGUGGUCACGUGCAGAGCUGCAGGACAGACAUGUGACGGUCUAGGCCACCACCUCACAACCAAAAUAGUCAUGCAGAGCCUUUUUUUUUUCUUCCAACAUUAAUAUAAUGCUUCCCUAGUGUAGAGAGGUGCCGUCUGUGGACUGAGUGAGAGAGAACUUCAGAGACAAGUGUGCAGAACACACAUUGCGAUCACGUGCCUAGCCGCACGUGACUGUUGUGGUUCGCCGGAGCUCACCACCUCAUCGUCAGUUGCAGAAAGGGCCUUCCCAGCAUCGUCACCACUCAUGGAUCCAAAGAGCUUGUUCUAUCUUAUAUUCCCUCUUGCGUGUGUGCACGUCACGUACACGCAUUGCAAAGCCAGAGGCUUAUUUCGCGAAAAAUAGUCUGUCGGGACGUGUGAGCAGUCAGCAGGUCUGCGCUUGUGUCUGCUAUCUGCAUUUUGCGUGUUCCCUGAUAGAGUCCUAAGAAACCAUCUGGGUAUUUCCACCAUUUUCCUUGUUUCAUGCAUUUUUUUUCUUUUUUUGUCAUGUUUACGCCUUGUUGAUUAAUUUUAUUAUACGUUUUUUUUUUUCCGCAUCUCUGUGACUCAGGCAAGUCCUUAGAGCUUUUUAGCCACCUGCCAGGAGAAGAAGUGUUUCUUUUGGUUUUAAUUUCUCACGCUGUUAGUUGCGCAGCUUGUCUCUGCAGUGAUUAAAAGUAGGCAUCUCAUCCUCAUCUGUGACCACCCAGCUUUGAGCAGCCAUUGUCUCUAAAUUUGGAGGACACUAAAUUCUCGUCUGCAAAUAUUUGCAUUUGAGGCCAGUCUUGGGUUCUCUGCUCAAAAUACGGCUGACUCAAGUACCCUUGAGUGCAUUCUUUAACCAAGUGUACCUCCCAGCCUGUCCCAAGCGUAUGCCUCUUGUUGUCUAUUGCCUGUGGUCUCAGUCGUCUGGUCAUUUUACUUCUGCCCACAUCUUUCAUAUUUUAUAUUUUUUGUUGCAAUCACCUGCACCAUCUGCACAUCGGGUUUUGCAGGUGAUGCUUCAAUUUCUAGCAAGAAUGUGUUUUUCAAAUUGGUUAUUUCACGCUAAACCAGUGGCUUUCAGUGGUGUCGAAGGCACAGCGCCUACAGCCAACUCUUGUGGCCACCAAAUAGCUAAAUUGAAUGUGACAUCACGAAACCUAUUGCUGCAGUCUUUUGCGGCACUUGCAAAAGUCUCACCAGCUCCUAUCAAAAUUAUUACAUCACCUUGACAGAAUCGUUUCAGUUGAUGUAGUCACCUUGAGAGUAUCGUCUCAGUUGAUGUAGUCUGCGUGACCGUUCGGCACCAUGACUAGCGAAAUAAACACAUCAUUAUUAAUUAGUAUUGCGGUGUCUGUGCUUCGUGCAUUGUCAAAGCAGUUUCAUAUUUUUCUUUUUUGGUGUUCUAACCUCAGUUUCCCUCUACCUCAUCACUGCUUGUCUCAGGCUGUUGUUUCUGUCGUACUGUUUUUGUGUUCCUGCAGUUUAUCAUGCAUGCUCAGCGACGGUGCGACUGUUUGAACCUGUCAUUCUUUUGAAGCCGCGUCCGUCCCAACAAUCCUUGCUUGUUUCUUCACUCCCCAAGUCUCAUCUAUCCCAUGCCGUCCUUGUUGAGCUCUUCAUCGUCACUUGCUUGAUCAGCAUUGGGGUUAACUCUCAGCAUAAAGCAGAAAUGGCAGAAAUUGUGCGGUAACAUAAAUACAGACAUGCAGUCAUGCCCCCCUAGACUUCUCUGUCGUCGCCUUCAUAUGACCUCACAGGGAUUUUAAAUCUCAUUGCUCCUCGGAACAUCUUGUGGAGUAGAAGCUUCCCUGCAUUUGCAUGUAUUCAGUCACAUAUCUAGGCAUAGCUUAGGAUCAUUUAAUCAUCGAGAAACGUACUGCCAUGACGUACCACAUCACUGUGAAGCAUAGAAAAAUUGCAGCCAAUAAACUUGCUUCCUCCUGCUUGCCAAGUGAA